CUUCUUGAAACCUGGAAAUGGAACUGGAGAAAACCAUGUUAAGAGAAGCUCCAAGUGCUCAUCAAAAAAACAAGCAAAAGAAUGGCAAAGUUGGCACUAGGAGCAUUAACUUUCAUCAUUGACAAUGUUCUUCCUUUUUAUGGGAACAUUCACACUUGUGACAGUCACGUGGGACACCGGACAACAAAAAUGGUGCAAGAAGCAACCAGUUACAUCAAGAAAAGCUUAGGCUGUGGACAAGAAGAUGCACUCUUGUUCUGUGGCUCGGGCACAACUACUGCUAUCAAAUGGCUUCAUGAAGUAAUGGGAAUUGCAGUGCCAUUCAUUUUGAUAGAUAGGCAACUUAACAAUAUAUUAGGUGAAGAAAGGUGGGUGGUUUUUGUUGGUCCUUAUGAGCACCACUCCAACCGUCUCUCAUGGCGGCAAAGCUUGGCUGAAGUAAUAGAGAUUGGUUUAGAUGACAAUGGUUUGAUAGACAUGGAGGCUCUAAAAAUACAACUUGAUACUUAUACAUAUGCCAACCGUCCAAUUCUGGGUUCCUUUUCGGCUUGUAGCAACGUGACCGGAAUUUAUUCGGAUACUUGUGCAAUUGCUAAAUUACUACAUCAAUAUGGAGGUUUUGCAUGCUUUGAUUUCGCAGCAAGUGGCCCUUAUGUGGAGAUUGACAUGAGAUCUGGGGAGAUUGAUGGCUAUGUUGCCAUUUUCCUUAGUCCACAUAAGUUCCUUGGUGGGACUGGAUCACCUGGCAUACUUUUGAUGAGAAAGGUCCUCUAUCAACUGGAAUCUUAUCCACCAUCAACUUGUGGAGGUGGAACUAUUAAUUAUGUCAAUGGCUUCAAUGAAAUGGACACAUUAUAUGUGGAGGACAUAGAAGAAAAGGAAAAUGGUGGGACUCCUCAAAUAAUCCAGACACUUAGAGCAGCAUUAGCUUUCUGGGUGAAGGAAUACAUUGGUUACCAAGUGAUAGAAAAAGAGGAGCACACCUACAUAGAGAAAGCUCUCGAGAGGCUUCUCCUAAACAAGAACAUAUGCAUUUUAGGAAAUACAAGUGCCAAGCACCAAGCUAUAUUGUCUUUCCUCAUUUAUAGUACAAGCAAUUCCUCAUUGGCUGGUCUAAAAAAUAGGAGUAAUGACCCAUCUAACAAUACAGAUAGCUGCAGAGAGGUAAAGGUGAAAGAGUUUUACUUGUGGGGAGAGACAGGGAACAAUAAUGAUAAACCUCUUCAUGGACCAUUUGUCGCAGCACUCCUCAAUGACCUGUUUGGCAUCCAGGCUCGAGGUGGAUGCGCUUGCACUAGACCCUAUGGUCACGAUUUACUUAAUGUGGAUGAGUUUAUCCUAUCUGGGGCAUCACUCAUCAAGCAUGAGGCGUGCUUGUUUGUUGAGUGGGGUGGCAAUAGAUGGGCACAUGGGGGCCGGUUUGCACAUUACACUGCUUUAGUGCUUUAA